UCAACUGCUCAACUCGCAGCCAGACGGUCGUACGCUAUACUAUAGUGCUCUCUCCGUUUCCAUAUCCUCUUGACCUCUUCUCCUUGGGCCAGACGCAGUCUACACCACGCCGUUCGUCCUGAGCAGUGAAUAGAUCAAGCUUAGAUAGUUAGAGGGUGUUGUUGAGUUGAGCAGUGAAUGGAUUUUGCCAAUUGCUCUUCACUCUAAAGAGUUUGCUGGAAAGGAAUGAAUUGAAAUCUUUCCAACUCUUCAGAAUUCUGAUUUGUCAAAGAUGAAAGUGAAAAAGCAGAAGCGCCAUAGGAGAGCAGUCAGGUUUUACGCGGCUUGUUUUGGUUUCAGAGAGCCGUAUAAAAUUCUUUGUGAUGGAACUUUUGUGCACCAUUUGAUUUCCAAUCGAAUCACUCCUGCUGAUACUUCACUCGCUAAUACUCUUGGUGCCACUGUUAAACUUUUUACCACCAGAUGCGUUGUUGAAGAAUUGAAGAGACUUGGGACCUCUUACUCCGAAUCACUCAAUGCAGCCCGUAGUCUUUUAACUGCAAGAUGUGAUCACGAGAGCAGGAGAAGUGCUGUAGCUUGCAUAACAGAGAUCAUUGGAGAAGACAAUCCUGAACACUUUUUUGUUGCUACACAAGAUGCUGAUCUAAGGAAAAAUCUUAUGCAGAUACCUGGCGUUCCUUUAAUUUAUGCACUUAGGAAUGCUUUGUUUCUUGAACGGCCUUCCACUUUUCAACAGAAGUUUGCCAAGAUGGCCGAAGAAGGGCGUUCACAUAUGACUGAGAAAGAGUAUAAAGCUCUAAACAUUAAGAAAAAGAGGAAGUUUUCUGACCACAAUGCUAUUGAUGCCUCUAAUGGAAGUGGAGAAGAGACAGGCCAUGACUUAGAGGUCAAGAGUGUCAAGAUGGAUGGUGAAAGAAAACGAAGCAACAUCAAGGAUGAUAAAGUUCAAUUUAAAAGAAAGAAAGCCAAGAACCCAAAUCCACUUUCUGUCAAGAAGAAGAAACCUAAACAUGUGAAUGCAGUAGCUGCCUCAGAAAAGAACCCAGAUCCACUUUCUGUCAAGAAGAAGAAACAUAAACAUGUGAAUUCAGUAGCUGCCUAAGAGAUAAUUUAUUCUGAAUGCGAGUUUUGGCAUCCCCAUUCAAAUUGUAUCACCUUCAGACUUAAGUCAUUUUGAUUAAGCACCUCAGAACACAAUUGGAUUAGUCAUAUAAAUGUAUAAUCACUUCACAUGAGGUUUCAAAAGCACAUUUGGUUAUUGAUCAUGGGGUUUAGUUGAUUGCAC